GACAAUGUGUUAUAUGUCAUUAUCAUAGAACGUAUUAUUUCAAUAUGGCUAAUGUUUCCCAUUAGAUUUAUGUUCAGGGGAAGGAGAAAAACCGAAAAAAAUAUUUUAUUCUGAAUAACCUCAGCUGUUUGAAAUGAAAAAUUGUUAAAUGCAUGCCAUACUAGAAUAACCAUGUGUGAAGAAUGCUCAGAUUUUGUACAGCUACUUGUUUCAUAUGAGGCACAAGUGUGUAGGGAUCCAACGGAGCAACCAAUCUUAACUUUACGCGACAUAAAUACAGUAUUUGUGUAUGUCCAAACAUGGCCUGCCAGACAAUGUAUGUGCUGUUAUCGCGACUCGAAAAACUUAGAAAGGUUCAGUUAUCUCACACAAGGGCUAAUCUGCAUGUGUGUUUCUCAACUUAAGCAGCUAGUGGAGAGAAGCACUGAUAACCAAGAUGCCGAUAUUCAGACCAACAAUAAUGAGAUCAAGAUCGGCGAAAAAGAUUCCAAUACGGGCGGCACUCAGAAUUCAGAGGAAAAUGAGAAAGAGAACGCCGAAGCUGUGGAAAGAGACAAAUUGUUAAUUCUGGUUUCGAAGAUAUUUUUGCUGAAUUUUCCUCUAUAUGUAGCACUUAAACAUACUAUUCAGUCAAAAGUUGACGAAUUAACGCAACAAGAAAUGGCAAAUUUGAAUCUGUUUUGUGACCUGAAUGAUUCAGAGAUUCCGAUUUAUCUUUUAAAAAAUGUUAGCUGGUUUUGUAAGAUCGGGGGAUUGUUGACUAUGAAUGACUGUUUUACACAUUUAAAUACUAAUUAUUUACCUGUUUCAACGGCACAUGCAAUGAUAUCAAUUGUAUGCAAUCUGAAGCUUUGGAUGAAUUAUAAAACAAUGGUGUCAUUGUUAGUGCCUCUUAGGUCAUGCGUCUUAAGGUAUAUGUGCAAAUUGUCUGACCAAGAUUUGAGAACCCCGACUAUAAAAAGUAUGGCAGAUUUCAUGUGGAAUGCAAUUAAAGAUCCACUUGAUUCGCCCAUUGCUUUUGAUGUCGAUGGGUUGGAUUUGGCUUUCAAAUAUUUCACAUCCAGCACUCUCACUAUGAGAUUGGCCGGCAUUUCUCAAAUAAACAACCAAAUUGGUGUUUUAGCUGAGAUUUGCGUAGGAGAGACAUUACCUGAAGCUGAAGCUGUUCCACGGCACAUGGGAGAUUGGCUAAUCAACAACAACAUUAUUUCCCACAUUUUCGGGCCUAACUUACAUGUUGAAGUGAUCAAACAAAGUCACAUCAUCUUGAAUUUUCUUGCGAUGGAAGGUCGCAUUACUUGUGAGCAUAUGGACAUUAUUUGGGCCGCUGCUCAGUUGAAACAUUGCGCAAAACCCGUCCACGAUUUACUUCCCGGACUGGUGAAACACUUGGCAGCUGCACCUACUUUGCAUCUCUAUAAUUUGCUUACAAAACUAGAACCGAAAGAACACACAGAGCAAACAUUGUAUUUGGCCAGUGCACUGACGAAAGCUGUCUGGUCUAGAGGUGGGGCAUCUCCAGAUAUAGGCUUAAUAAAUGUCGCAGCUUCCAGUGCGGGAAUAUCGUUGCAUAAAUGUGCAGCUACCUCUUCGGAAAAUAGUGUUUCACUAGAUGGAAGUAAUUCGGAGGAAGAGCAUGGAGAAAGCACAGGGCAUUCGGAAAGUCACAAAUCCGAAAGCGAAGAGAUUGAUGCCAUGGAAAUUGAAGAAGAAGAACAGGGGCAAAUUGUAGUAGACAGUGAAAGAUCCCCAUCAUGUAAAUUACCCAGGAAGCAGAUAAUAGAGCGAGUGAAUUGUGAAGGCCCAAAUAGUAGUACUGAUACGGAAAUCGAUGGAAUUCCGAUAAAAACUCCUGUACACGAAAAAGUGAAAUGGCCAGCAUCGGUUCAAACGAAAAACGAACGAAAAGCCCACGCCCGCAAAAUGAUUUUGUCUGCCAUAAACGUUAUGUCUGAAGGAGUAGAAGCCAUUGGUUCAAGCAGUAGCCAAGAAGACAUGGAUGUCGAUGAUAAUUCAAAUAAAAGCCGAAAGCGGCGAAAGUUUUUGAGGAGAGGACGUGGUAAACGUCAAAAAGGUACUAGUAAGAGAGGAAUGAAUCGGUUAGCAGGUGUAGAAGCGUUAAGUGAUGUUGAAGCAGACAGUGACCAUGAGAUAAAGAACCUGAAAACACAUUCGGUACAGGAAAGCAUGUUACCUGCGGAAAUCAAUUCCCUGGUUCAUCAGACACCUGGGCUCAAACCUAAUGUAUAUCUGGAAGAAAGUUCAUCAUGCAGUGAAUUGGGAAAAGAAGAACACCAUCAUGUAGCUCAAUCAUCAGCAUGUGGUAACUAUAUAACAAUCCAUUCCAAUGGGGGACAUAUUUUAGAAAUGCUUAGUGGCGAGGAAACCGAAGUUGAUGGUGACGCUGAAGGCAGCUAUUCAUCUAGAAUGAGUAAUAAAUCGGAGAAAAAUAUGGCAGAUUUUGACGGAGAAGAUUCUGUUUGUGAAGAAGAACUUGCUCAGUUAACUGAAAAUCAUCCGAAUUUAAACUUGCACAUUAUCGCACAUACACCGGAAAAGUCCUCGCCAGUCCGAAUGAUUGAUCCCAGAUUAUCCGCCUGUUUCAAAACUGAUAGUGUAUGCCAGCCUGGAAAAACACUACUAUGGGAUUUAUUACAGGAUGACAAAAUUUCUCAGCUUGGAGAAGGAUUGGCCCUUGAAGCUGAAAAGACCCUGUGUAAUCUGAUUUGUUUUAUGCAAGACAAGGAUAUUCGAAUGAAAUUUAUUGAAGGUUGCUUAAAUAAUCUCGCCAACAAUGUAUCGGUUGUGGUGUCGUUGCGAAUGCUUCCAAAGCUCCUAACUUCUUUUAGAGGAAUCGAAAUGCAUCAUGUAACUCAAUGGGCGGAAAAGCAGCAUCAUAUGAUGACCCAUUUCUUUAAUAACCUGAAAGCAUAUACUAGUAAUCCUGAUAAGUCUCUUCCGUUAUACACUCAUCAGCUACAGGUCCAAGUUAGAUUACAUUUCUUGUCAGCAGUGUUUUCUCCCGUUGUAUCACCUAAUACCUUCAAACUAAGCAUAGAUCAAGUAGAUACCUUGUGGCAGUGUCUAGCACAUGAUUCCGAAUGUUCAGAUGAGUUGUUUAGUUGGCUGCUUUCGCAGACUAAAACCAAUGAGUUACAUGCAUUACGAGUGGAUGCAUUGCGGAGGCUAUAUCUACAUCAUUUACCAAGUCUUCCCCCCGAAAAAUUUAGUAUGAUUUGCUUGACCCUAUUUCAGCAUUUGUGUGGAUUGCAUCAUCUGAUGACGGCAAAUUUAGAAACUGAAGAUAAGGAAAAUAGAAACGUCGGCAUGGAACAUAUGUGGAAAAUCGCUUUAAAGGCUAAUAAUACUGAUGUUAGUACGACUGCCAUAGGAUAUAUAAACAGUUAUUAUAUGGGUCAAAAUCUCCAGCACGAAAGUCAAUUUGUUUCUCAAUGUAUGACUAACUUGAAAGCAUCUUCCGAUGACUUACUUGCGGAUAACAGUCCGAAUGAAGAGGGUUCUCUGCUGUGUAUACAGCGAGCUUUGCUUUUAAUGCAAACUCAUAUAGAAACAUUUAGUAAAAGGUAUGCAUAUCACUUGAGAAAGUGGGCUUUAGAAGGAAAAGGAAUUGGGAGCCACUCUGCGGCGCUUGGUGAGAGAGGACUAAAUCCAAUUCGUAUUGUUGUUCAGUCGGGAAGUUGCGCGGAAAGAUGUGUCUUAGAAAUGCUACUAACUGAUUAUGUAGCUGACUUACGUGCUGAAAUAGUAAAGUGGUGGGAAGGCAUAUUAAAAAUUCGGUCUCAAGAAGACGGAAUGGAUGCGGGCAACAACGCAAAUACCGGAAAAAAGCCUGAUACUUGGAUCCGCAUUAUAACUCAAGGACAAGAAUUGUCUAUCGACUGUGAUGAAAAGACCUUACAAGAAAUGGGAUUUAAAGACAACCAAAUUACAUAUAUUUCAGUGGGAAUGUCGAGAAAUAUGAAAAAAAGGGAAUUUCUCGAUGCGCCCUCUAUGCAGGCGUCUCCACCGAGAGACUGUUUACCGACGCUAUUGCUUCUAAAACCAACUUAUUUUGAACAAUUGUUUUCACUUAUGCAUACUCUCAGCUCAAUGAAGACGGUUAUUAAAGGUGGAAGAGUUAUUCCCCACACAAAAGCCCAAGUUCUAAGUAGACGUGUUUGGGACAUACUCAGCCUAAUGCCAACUAGUCCGAAAUUAUUGCAAGGAUUUCAACAGCUGAAUAUCCCUUUGUCAGAGUUGUUGGAUCCUUCAAGCGCGCAAAAACUGAUGUAUUCGCUGUACAUUGUAGAUUCUCUUGCUCUUAAUCAAAAACCAAGCAAAUUUAAUGACGACGAUGAAUUGCCUUGGACGAGAAAGUUUAUUCAACAUGGCGGAUUAAGAUAUCUUUAUGAUAUAUUUAUGUCUGGGGUUCUGCAAAGAGACACUGGAGAUGGUAGCGAUUGGCAACAAGAUUGUUUGGCAUGUCUGUUAAAGUUGAUGUGGCAUCUAGGAGUAGAUCCACUUCCCAAUGAUCGUAAUUCCAGGAAUGAUAAAAUUGUGAUACCAAGUUUCAAUGAGGCUAUGCUUAACAUGGUUGACGUAAAAUCGACAAUGCCCAAGCUAACAUGUAUCUUGAAAGAAGUUUCUUUGCCGAAAGAUCCAAAUCAUUACAAGACUGGGUUUUGGGGCAGAGCUCAAGUUGUCCAUUACGCUAUGGCUUCAUUGAUAUCUUGGUUACACUGCAGCGAAGAAGCCAGACAAGGUCUCUUUGAAUCUCCUGAUUUCUCAUCUUGGUUACAAAGAUUGGUGUUGGAGGACCCAGAACCGACAGUACGUAGAGAAGCUUGUUCGUCCAUAUAUCAUUUAUGCUUGGGCGUAUCAACCAUGGGAGAACACUUGGGAGCUAGUUUAACUGCUCCGAUGUUAGCUCAGCUUUUGGCUUAUUUACCAAAAGCAGAAAGUAUGAGACCCCAAAAGCUGGAAUCAAUGCCUCCACAAGAAGAUGGUAAAGAACCUUAUGGUCCAGCUUGUAGAGAUUAUUUCUGGCUAGUCUCACGAUUGGUUGAUAGUCUGCCUGAAGAUUUAAUAAAGGAGAGCAUAGAGGAUCCACAAAAUUGCGUGUUGGAUAUCAACGACUUAACGUCUAAAAUUUCACAGGCUGUUUUAUCAAGAGAUUAUUUAGAAGCUCGGCAUAGAACUGUUGAAGACGAUGGGCUUAUUGGUCUACUUAAUUUGCUCACAAAUUUACUAAAACAUAGGCCCCCAUUUCAGACGAGCAAAGGCGGACAAGAACUUUUGAAUGAGGUGUUUGAUUUUUUAUUUGCUUUGCCUAACCCGAAACUCCGACAUGUGCCAAAAUGUAAAUCUCCCCGAUCUCGAACUGCUGCUUUUGAUUUAUUGGUCGAACUAGUUAAAGGUUCCUCUGAGAAUUAUACCAUCUUGUACGAAAAACUAUUGAAACAACAUCAACCAGGUCCAAACUCGCCAUACCCCUGGGAUUAUUGGCCUCAUGAAGAUGGGCGUUCUGAUUGUGGAUACGUUGGUUUAACUAAUUUAGGUGCAACCUGUUAUAUGGCAUCUUGCAUGCAACAUUUAUAUAUGAUGCCUCAAGCUCGUGCUUCCAUUUUGGCUGCUUGCACUCAGGAUUCCAAACAUGAGCCCACUCUCAAAGAGCUUCAGAGAAUGUUUGCGUAUUUGCUGGAAAGCGAAAGAAAAGCUUACAAUCCCAGAAGUUUUUGUAAAGUAUAUACAAUGGAUCACCAGCCUCUAAACACAACGGAACAAAAAGAUAUGGCCGAAUUUUUUAUUGAUUUGGUGAGCAAGCUAGAGGAAAUGACACCCACUUUAAAAGAAGUGAUUAAAAUACUAUUUUGUGGUGUUCUGAGCAACAAUGUUGUAUCUUUAGAUUGUGGCCAUGUCAGCCGUACUUUAGAGGAGUUCUAUACGGUUAGGUGUCAAGUGGCUGAUAUGCGAAAUCUGUACGAAUCUUUGGAUGAAGUGACUGUGAAAGAUACUCUUGAGGGUGACAAUAUGUACACCUGCUCGCAGUGCGGCAAAAAAGUGCGAGCUGAAAAACGAGCUUGUUUCAAAAAACUACCUCAAAUUCUUUGCUUUAAUACAAUGAGAUAUACAUUUAAUAUGCUGACAAUGCUGAAAGAAAAGGUUAAUACACAUUUUUCGUUCCCAUUAAGGCUAAAUAUGGCUGGCUAUGUUGAAAAAACUUUAAUGCCACAACAUUACCAGGAAGAUAAACUAAAAGAUGACCCGGAGACUGAACAGUACGAAUAUGAUUUGAUAGGCGUCACCGUACAUACUGGUACUGCAGACGGUGGUCAUUACUACAGUUUCAUAAAAGAUCGCACUGUGGGAUCGAGGGAUAAAUGGUUUCUUUUUAACGACGCUGAAGUGAAGCCUUUUGAUCCGAACCAAAUUGCCGCAGAAUGCUUUGGUGGUGAAAUGACGAGCAAAACGUACGACAGCGUUACUGAUAAGUUUAUGGACUUUAGUUUUGAAAAAACUAACAGCGCUUAUAUGUUAUUCUACGAAAGAUGUCCUCUUAUUGCUAACGAUAGUACUGAAAGCUCUUCCACGAAUAUAGAAGUUAUGGAAGCUACCAGCAGUUCACCUACACCAAGCACGACGUUCGAAUUAAGCAAGGAACUAGAAGAUUGGAUUUGGCAAGAUAAUAUGCAUUUUAUACAGGAUAAAAAUAUUUUUGAGCACACAUAUGUAAAUUUCAUGUGGCAAAUUUGCGGCUACAUUCCCCAGACCAUCCUUUCGAUAGACUCCAAUAUCACAAUCAAAGCAGCACAAUUGUCUACAUCAUUUUUCAUUGAAACAUUUAUUCAUGCCAAAGAAAAGCCCACUAUGGUUCAAUGGGUGGAACUUGUUACAAAACAAUUUAACUCUUGCCAAGAAGCUUGCGUAUGGUUCUUAGAACACAUGGCUCAAAAUGUUUGGUGGCCAGUGCAGGUUCUCCUCAAAUGUCCUAACCAGAUAGUGCGACAAAUGUUCCAACGGCUGUGUAUUCAUGUGAUACAGAGACUUAAACAGUCUCACUCUAGUUUGUACUUAAGGGUUGAUGAAGGAACAGAUUUGUCGAAAAUAGAAGGCUCUCAUAGUAUCGAUAUAUCUAAGAUCGGUAAUGCUUCGUGUGUUACAAAAUUUGUAAAAACUCUAUUGUCUUUGAUGGAACACGGUGCGAAGGCUCAUUUAAAACAUCUCACAGAAUAUUUUAACUUUUUAUACGAAUUUAGCAAAAUGGGCGAUGAGGAAUCAAAAUUUUUACUCGCAGUCGCUGCAAUCAACUCGAUGGUCCAUUUCUACUUAGGUCAGAAGGCCAACGAUUUUGUUGAUGUUAGCGAAGGAGAAGAAGAUGAUGAGUUGGUCUCCAUUCCUCCAGAAAAAUACAAACCAGCAAGUUUAGACAAAAUGAUAACCUUAAUUGCUUCAUUAGUCGAAAAAAGCAGGGAUUCUAACAUGAAACUACAGCUAACUGAAAGAGAUUACAAUGCUGUAGCUGGAGGAAAGGGAUUUUCGUUUUUGUACCAGCAGAUUAAAGAUAACAUCAACUUGCAGCAAACGAGAAAUCUAAUACAUUCUCUCUGCAAAGGCAAUAAUCAGCUGGCACAAAGCAUUAUCUGCAUGAUUUCUCAAGCUAUUACUAGACAUUCUGAGGUUAACUUACAGGGGUGCCAACCCUUCUUCAAAAUACUUACCCUAUUGACGGAGAACACAAACCAAGGCAGCGCAAGUGGUUCUAACCAGCCCUGUUUCACGCAAUUAGUACUGCAAAAGGUUUGGGAUGCUGCUGAAUGUUGUCCACAUUCAGCCCUGGAUUGGCUGGCUUUGCAAGUUACUAGAAAUCGUCUGGUCCAUUCGUGGGUAUUAAGCUCGAUGGAUUCAUGGUUGGAGCAUUUUUUGAUUGCUCACAAUAACCAGAGAGUUAGAAAUACUGCUGGAUAUCUGCUAGUAUCUUUAGUUCCUAGCACUCCCUUUAGACAAGGUUUUAGAGCAUCACACAGAAUGAAUCGCGAACCUCAAUUAACAGCCGAGUCUCAGGCUGUUUUGCAUCAAGUAUAUACUGCGCUUUUAAGGUUGCUUCCGGCUGCCAAACAUUAUACAGAUAUGCAACUGCACGGAUCUAUGAAACUGACCACAUAUUUUGCCCUGCUGAUGUAUUGUUGUAUUUCCCGAACGGAAAAACUAAUGUUUGGUCAGUACUUUUUGCAAUUGUGGCACUUGUUUCAUCCGAAACUUUCGGAACCGUCGAUUCCAGCAUAUCACAAUAAACAGGCUUUGUUAGCGUUUUGGAAUCAUGUAUGUACGGAUUGUCCCGAUAACGUUCAACUGAUGCUAUCCAAUGCACAUGUUACAAAGAACAUUGCAUUUAAUUACAUUCUAGCCGAUCAUGAUGAUCAGGAGAUAGUUUUAUAUAACAGAGCCAUGUUGCCUGCCUACUAUGGAAUACUAAGAAUGAUGUGUCAACAAUCCCGGGUAUUCACACGAAAUUUGGCCAACCAUCAGAAUUUGCAAUGGGCUUUUAAAAAUAUUACUCCUCAUCCUACGCAAUAUCCACAGGCAGUGGAUGAGUUAUUCAAGUUAAUGCAAAUAAUGGUUAUCAAGCAUCCAGAUGCUUCAGAGGCUGAUCAGAGAGAUAUUUUCACUUUCAAACGGACUACUCUGAUGACUUAUUUGCAGUGUUUGGACGGCAGAACUAGUUGGGGAACCCUCAUAAAUGCAUUUAGAAUUCUUCUUGAAACUAAUGAUGAUAAAAUGUAUGUGGCCUACAAUGGUGGAUUACAGAUUGUAUAUGAGUGUUUUCAAAACUUACAUGUCAUGCUUCACGAGGCGACUGCUUGCCAUGUAGUCGGAGACAUGUUGGAUAUUCUGCAAAUAUUUUACGACUUAAUUCACUGCAUUCGAGCUUAUAGGGAUAGCAAAGAUGCUAGAAACCUGAUCAUGGCGACUAAAGAUUGGCUUGAAGUCAUUAGAAAACUGGCAACGCUCUUGAACACCUACAAUCCACCGGAAAUGAGAAUCUUAUGCAUUGAAGUCUUAAAAGAGUUUCUCUUGGUGAUUACUCCAGAAGCAAUGCAGAUAUUAGUGCCCCUGCUUUCACAUUGUCAUUCGGCCUUUCAAGAUAGUCACGAUCCCGUCCCAUUAGGUCCAUAUUUUCCGCGACGAGGUCAUUCAGGGCCUGUUGUUGUAGGAAAAGGCGGUGCUCGACCACUUCGACCUAUGAUGCAGAUGACCGUACCACAAAAUCAACUAGAGUGCGCUAGGGGCGUCGAUCCAGAAUAUGACAGGCUUCUGGACAAGUUUUUCAUUCCCUACCAUGACUUCAUUGAUACUAUGUUUAGAUUGGCGGUUAAUAACGAGACAGUUCAGGAGGUGAUGAUUAAUUUGAGUGCUGUAGUCGGAUUUGAAGCUGUUCCUUUGCAUUCCACUUACUUUCCUAAACUGUGGCUAGAUAUACUGAAAGCUCAGCAUAUUGACAGAAAAUAUAUCAAUAUAUUGACAUCAUGCAACUAUUUUGUCGAUUAUGUCGAAGCAGUACUUCUCGAUGAACGAUAUGCCUUAACGGUCGAUGUAAUUUACGAAUUUUUAACGGCGUUUUUUCCCAAGGUAUCUGCUCAUGUUUUAAGCGAACAAACUCUAAGAAUGAUUGAUUCGAUGGUAGAAUCAUUAAACGAGUCUGUUAACUCUCCAGAUAUCCUAAAUAGCCCGAAAAGGCUAGCUGGAGACUUGCGAGCUUUAGCUUUGGUGUACAAAAGUCCCGAAGGAAAACAUUCUAGCAUUCUUAAGAACGCUUUGAAUGUAUUGCAAUCAAAAGUCAAACUUGAUAUUAGUAAGUUGGAUAUAAGCACUAAGACAGCUAGUGCAACAAGCACACCCGUUGCUGCUCCUAUCGAUAAAGGUGAAAAACCUGCUGAUGCCAGUCCUGAUAUGAAACCUUCUACAUCCAAAGAAAGUAGUAAUUCCGAAUGCAGUGAAAGCGCAAAAACUGAAAAUACCAAGGAUACUCCCAGCUCAACAGGAUCAAAAGGUCUCGAUUCUGUAGAUAUCGAGGCAACAAAUGAAAAAGACAAAAAACAGAGUAAUAACUUAUUGGAUGAUUUAAAAAUGCUUGAGGAUAGUAUUGUGGAAUUGAUCACAGUCUUAGACACGAAAAAUGAAUUUAGUGUUAAACGCAGUUAGCGUUUCAUAUUUAAUUACUAUAUUUAAUUACUAUGAUUAAAAACCAAUUACUUUUUGUUCAUCUUAAAUCUUACUGCAGAUAAGAGAAAAAUGCAUCAGGUUUUUGCCAAUUUACUAAUUGGUAAAAACUUCUUGUACAUUGUUUGUUUGUUUGUUUUACCAUUGUGAAUUAGUAAAAUCGGCAACAAAACACAGUUUACAGGUAUGAAGUAAAAUGUUUGACAAACAAUGUAAGCUUACACAGCUUUCGAUUCUAGUUUAGAGACGAUAAUCUAAAGUAGAAUCUAAAGCAAGCCUAAAGUCAAGCCACGACUUAGAUAUCAUAAUAUCUAAGCUGUUCUUAAGCUGUUGACCUAAAAUAGUUACAAUAAUUUACUAAUUGAAUCUUCUUGUUGUAUAUUUCUAAAUAAUGACUAUCGCAAAUUUAUCUGGUGCACAUUUAAUUUGCCAUUUAUUGUGAAAAUAACUGAAAGUUAUACUUUAUUCAUUCUCUAUAAAUGUUGCCUAAAAUUGUAUGAUUUUCUAAUUGUGUGCAGUUUUUUUAAUGUUUCCUCUUUUGUAUGUAAGAGCUUUGGUCACUAUGUGUAUCACAACUGUGGAUAACUAUAUUUAAAUGCAGUUUUAGCUUAAGUCCACAAUUCAGCGUUAAUGCAGGGUUAUUCUGAAUUAUAUUGUUAUAUACUGAUCUUGAUUAAGAAAUGUGUAUAUACUCUGAUUAGUAUUAUUUAAAUCGA